AUGGAAUUGGCUCCAAAUGCUCUUGCGAACAAGGAGGUCUUAGAGUUGAUUCAAGAAGCUGGACUGCUAAAAACUGUUUGCAAUCUUCCCAAAUGUUAUGAGAAGCUGGUCAAAGAAUUUGUGGUGAACCUAUCUGAAGAUUAUGGCAACAGCAGGAUUGUAGACUACAGAAAGGUGUUUGUGAGAGGUAAGUGUGUAUCAUUCUCUCCGUAUGUGAUUAAUAAAUUCUUGGGAAGAACAGAUGAAGCUCAAACUGAGCUGGAAGUAACAGACAACAAAGUCUGUCAAGUGAUCCCAGCCAAGCAGGUAAACAGCUGGCCCCUGAAAGAGAAGCUAACUGCAAGUAAGCUGAGCAUCAAGUAUGCAAUGCUUCACAAGAUAGGAGCAGCCAAUCGGGUUCCAACAAAUCACAAGUCCACUAUCUCAACUGUGCUUGGCAGAUUUCUGUAUGCUGUAGGAACAAAGGCAAAGUUUGAUUAUGGAGCAUAUAUUUUUGUCCAAACCAUGAAGCAAGCUGGAAGCUUCAGUAUUAAGGGUCCAAUUGCUUUUCCAUCCCUCUUGUGUGGUAUAAUUCUGGAUCAGUAUUCAAACACUCUCAAUGAACAUGAUAUAGUGUGCAAAAGAGAAAGUCCCUUGGCCUUCCAUUACAAACUAUUUCAGGGUAAGCAUGUUCCAUACAUUGUUAUGACAUCAGCUGAAACUUCCAAAUCUGGAGCAUCAAUCAGCAAAGCAGAAGUCAUAGCAAUGCUAAAAGAGACUUGCAAAGAACUCGAAUCUAGAAAAAUAUCUCUUGAAAAAAUGAUACGUACUCUGGAAAUUGAUGAGAAUGAGGAAUUUGUAGAUACUGAAGAGAUGGAAGAUAAAGAUGAACAUGAAUUGGAAGAAGAAAGUGUCAGUCCGGCUGAUGACUCUGAGAAAGAAAGUUCUUCAGACACCUCAAGUGGGUCUGAAUCUAGGCAGUAA